AUGGUUCACUCGACAGGCGAAGAGCGUGCUGUACAUUUGACCCGGGAGGCUGUUGAGCUGGCAGAUUCUGGUCAUCGCGAGGCUGCCUCGCGAAACCUUCGAGAAGCACUUUCUUUAGCCCCAGAUAGCCCCGCCGUCAAAGCUGCCAUUAUCAAAAUCCAGCAAGAAGAGGAAAAUGGACACCAUUUGUUAGACCUGUGCCAGCGAUAUGCAACUGGAAAGGAUGAGAGUGCGGGAAAGGAUGCCGCCCUCUAUCUCCGCACUGACGGGCUCAAACCGCCUGAGAAAGUGGCUCUGGAAUGUGUCAAGCUCCUGUUAGCGCAGGAUCCUCACACUCUAUCUUCGGUACAAGACGAUGUUAUCUCCGGCCUGGUUCGCCAAAAUGCCAGUGUGCGGCAAUACUUCUCGAACAAACUCCAGAUCUCGGUCACCACCUUCUUCGACGAAAUUUACGAUCGGGGUGAUGGCGCGGCUGUCUGUCUGGACACCGUGGUCUUGGAUCAUGCCGUAUGGCCAUCGGAGGAUACGCGCUUGCACUGUGAAAGCGAGCUCUUCCAGCUCUUCAUUGCGAAGCUCAUGGAAUCGGGACAUGACCUGGAUGGCCGUUCCCUGAAGGGAAUCGCGCGUUUGCUCGCCGUCGAUGCGGUCAAACUGCAGCAUCUGGUCGACGAUGAAGGGCUGGACGUGAUCCUGUCCUCUUUGGACCUUCGGCUCCCUCUGGAGCUGAGAAGCCAGGCCACUCUGGCGACGGUCAAAUACCUCGAAACCGCGAGAGAACCCGGACAGGACCGCUUCUCACGUCUUCUCUCAGCAAAAGUGACGAGCUCUCGCAAUAAUGAUCAUAUUAUCGCCUUUUCCGCCCUGGCCGCUGUAUUCCCCGUUGUGCCCGAUGUUGCCGCGGCCAUCUUCCUCUCGGAUGAUUUCGUCAAUUCACUCAUCCCCUUCACGUCAAGAAACAUGAAGAGCAAGAAGGUGGAAACAGCCAUUCUGGAGUUAUUGAAUGCAGCCUCCAUCAACCAGGCAUGCCGUGACGCCAUCUCCAAACACCUAUCCACUUGGCUCUCUCACCUUUUGACGAAUGGUAACGACCAGAGCUCCGAGUUGGCAGCGGUGAUCUUGGCGAAGAUUCGCGCCUCUGAGAGCGUCCAGCCGUCACAAUCAAAUGGCAGGAUUGAGGAGGAGGAUGAGAAGACCACUGCACUUGUCAGCCGAUUCAAGGAUCAAAUCUCGAAAUACAAGGGGGAAAAUGUCUCCAAUGCAAUCGAAGGCCUGGCUUAUUCCUCCGUCAAGCCAACUGUCAAGGCGCAGCUGGCACAAGAUGCAGCUUUCCUGAAAGACCUGAUCAAAGUGCUGAAAGCCAGCAUGGCCAACACCUCGGUGCUCUAUGGUGGACUGAUGAUCAUCCUGAACUUGACUCAGUUUCUCCCCAGCAUGACUGAAGAACAGAAGAAAAUAUCGCAACUCAAGGCGUACGCAGAUGCAUCUGGUGCCAGAGCACGGACCGGGCCGCAUCCUUUGGAGAACGAGCAGCACGUUAUUGCUCGUUGCAACGCGGUUGUCCAGGCUGGAAUCAUGCCUCUUUUUAUCGAAUGCAGUAAGAACAAUUUACCCUCUGUGCAGGGUCUCGUCAGCAAAAUCCUACUUUCCUUGUCCCGGGAUCGCAGAUCUAGGGGGACUCUCGCCCAGCAAGGCGCGGUCAAGUUGCUGCUUACCCUCGGAACUGCUCGACAGGGGACAUCGGGCUCCAUGUCCAACGAGGCGAUGCAAAGCGCGUCACACGCACUCGCCCGUAUCCUCAUCUCCGUCAACCCGGCGCUCGUUUUUCCUUCGUCCGGGUUUCCUCAGAUCACUUCGGCUGUACGACCUCUGACGGGCCUAUUGUCCACUCCCGAAGUUGGUGUCCUAUCUGCAGAGCAGCCACGCGAUCUUCUCCCUGUGUUUGAGAGUCUUCUCGCUCUCACUAACCUUGCGUCUUACCCGGACCCGACUACGGCCGAGGCGAUCGUUCGCCAUGCUUGGACGGUUGUGGAAGAUCUUCUGCUCUCAGACAGUCCUAUGAUUCAACGGGCCGCUUGUGAACUGGUCUGCAAUCUGAUGACUUGCGAUUCUGGAGCUGCAAAGUUUUCCGAUGGAUCCAACCGGGCCGCGCAACGUCUUCAUAUUCUUUUGGCGUUAACCGAUACUGCUGACAUGGACACCCGAAGGGCUGCUGGCGGCGCCUUGGCCAUGCUCACGGAGUUUGACGCGGCCAUUGCGAGCAUUCUGGAUCGGCCUCGCGGCGUGGAGCUGCUCCUCGGUCUGUGUCAGGAGAAUGAUGACGGACUCGUGCACCGAGGGGUUGCGUGCGUGCGGAAUCUGACCUGCAUGGCGACUGGGGAGAUCUCAGCGCGUGCCAGAGAGGCUGUGAAGAAGAGUGGAGGUAUUGACAUUCUGACCAAGGUGCUGAAGAAGACAUCGAACCCAGCGAUACUCCAGACAGGCGUGGAGGCUUUGAAGCCUCUCGUCGAGAGUCACUGA